AUGAAUAAUGAAAAUGUAUCUAGUCCUGUUGUUCUAUCGGCAAACUACUCUGGUGGAUGUGGAAAUGAAUCGUUCACAAAUGGAGAUCUUCUGAAGCUCACCGAUCAACAAGCAUGUAUCAUCUAUGGACCAACGCUUUUUGCAUUAAAGUAUCGAGUUCUUCCGUGCACAGUUACUCAAAGUUCGUCAGGGUCUCAGAGUAUCUAUGAUGAUAUUUAUACUUACAAUCUAGCUGGUCAAUUUUCAGCUUACAGUAGAGGACAGCUAUGGUCUGGAAAACGGAAACAAGGUGGCAUGUAUCAUGGAACAAGUUGUUUACACUUUCUUAUCAACGAAUACAAAGCAGAUCCAGACACGUUCAUCUACGACUGGACAUACGAUACGUCUGAUAAAAAUUCUGUUAUGUCGAAAACUUAUGUAGACUUGGGAAAUUAUCUCUCUGUGCAAUUCAGUGGUGGUUGUAUAAGUCCAACAAGUGUUGACAAUCCGAAUAAUCUUGAAGCAGAUCAUGAAAAUAAGGCUUUCAAUUGUUUUGCUUCUUCUCAGGUAUUUCACGUACCACAAACAACAGAACGUGCGCGAAUCUUAUUACAACAAUUGUCGAAAUUUAAAUUGUUUCCAGUAACAGAGGCUACGCUACAAAUGGUUUGCCAUGAUACUCAACGUGGUUUCUACACAUCAUCAAUACGUAUGAAAAAACCUCACAUAACUGAUCUGAAAAUUCAUUAUGGAGAUGAUUUUCCUGAUAUACAUGCAGAACUACUUGAAGUGCUUCAAGAAAAAGAUUCAACGGGCAUUACGUUUCUGCAUGGUCCACCUGGUACAGGAAAAACUUUUUAUUUACGAUAUUUGAUCAAUGAAAUUAAAGACAAAAAUUUGAUCUAUGUUCCACCUGAUCUCGUAAAUGAUAUGACAAAGCCUGGUUUCUUGCCAUUUCUCAUGCGAUAUCCAAACUCAAUUCUAAUCGUAGAAGAUGCUGAAAAUAUAAUCCGUGAUCGAAAUCAAGAAACGUUUCUAGCCAAUCAAGCUGUUGCCAAUUUGUUAAAUCUUUCCGAUGGUCUACUUGGUGAUGCUAUGCAUCAACAAAUCAUUUGCACAUUCAAUUGUGAUGUUAGAAGUAUUGAUUCGGCUCUUCUGCGCGACGGAAGACUUGUCGUCGAACAUAAAUUUGAUAAAUUGAGUGUCGAAAAUGCUCGUCGUUUGUGUUCAGAACUGGGCAUACCUGGAAAUGGCGAAGAUAUUCAUGAAUCAAUAUCAUUAGCAGAGAUUUAUGCACGAAAAAAUGAAUCAGUAGAAGUUUUAUCAAAUAAUCUUGAAAAUGGACAGACCUCAUCAAAAAAUAAACGAACGUCUAAAAAGAAUAAGAAGCAAACGUCAAAUUCAUUUUUUGGUUUCUACUCAUAA